AUGCACGCCUCUGGUCUUACAAUGUUGUCAGCAAGGCUAUCAAGAGUGACACGCCGAAUGGCAUCAACAUCACGCAAACGCAUUGUGGACGAAACAACACUGGCCGGAGCACAGCACAAGGUCUCGCUAUCUGGCCCCUCUCUUGGACACUUACUGUCUGAACUCAGCGCUACACGUCCUGGCAUGGAAUCACUUCGAAAGCCUGGAGCAACGAUGUCAGAAGGUCACCGGACGCAGGCGAGACAGACUGCCAAGUGGCUGAUGGGAGUACCUGUGGCGCUUGGGACUGUGGUUGUUGGAUACAACUUUCGGACCAAGGACUGA